AUGGCCAGUAAUGCCUUUAAAUUUAUCGGGGGGUUUGUGUGUGGGGCAGCGGUUAGCACAGGGUCUUGCGUUGUAGCACUUAAACUCUUUCUGUCUGAAUCUCACCACGAGGAAGAGUUUCAUGAAAAAGAAAGCCCACAACAAAAGAUUAUCGAGAAAUUUGGUCUCCCACUUACUGGAGCGGAAACUCGAUUCUAUACGAAUCAUGUUUUAUCGUACGAUCAGGCUAAAAAGACACCAAGAUGGGUUGCAGAGCACAUCUCAAAUGUAAAAUUACUCGGGAAGGCAGACAGAAGGCAUUGUAAGUUCAGGCCGGAUCCUGGCAUCCCUGAGAUGUUCACAGCCCAUAAUGAAGAUUACCUGGGCAGCGGCUGGUCCAGAGGACACAUGGCCCCCGCAGGAGACAAUAAAGCCUCAGAGCAAUCAAUGGCUGAGACCUUCUACCUGUCAAAUAUUGUUCCUCAGAACUAUGAAAACAACGCAGGCUUCUGGAACAGGUUAGAGAUGUAUUGCAGAGACUUGACGAAAAGGUUUGAGGAUGUGUGGAUUGUGUCGGGACCCCUCGUUUUGCCUCAGGUGGGAGAUGAUGGGCGGAAGACCGUGUCAUAUCAGUUAAUUGGGAAGGAUGAAGUCGCUGUGCCCACACACCUCUACAAAGUCAUCCUGGCCCAGAAGAACUCAUCUUCGGACACUUUGGCCCUGGGAGCCUUCGUGGUUCCGAACCGACCCAUUGGAUUUGAUCACCAGCUGACGGAAUUCCAGGUGAGUCUGUCGGAUCUGGAGAGGAUAUCCGGGCUGUCGUUCUUUCCCAAAGCGGACAGAACUCAGAAGAACCUGUGUGAGCUGGACUCUUGUCGUCUGAUGGACUUCAAAGAAUUCACUCUGUAUAUCACGGGGCGUAAGGUGGCUGGUGCCAGGACCAGUGUAAAGCUAGAGAAGGCCAUGGCAGAGCUGAGAGAGGCCGGCAUCACUCCAGACGACUACCUCAUCAAACUGUAUCAGGAGAAAAAACAGGAGCUUCUACACAAGGAGCACCCAGAGGGGAAGUCAGGAUACUAG